AAGACAAGCCGUCAACAGCAUUAACCUUUAACCCAAAAUGGCGGAUUCUUCGUCUAAUGAUCUAUUUUUUAAGAAAUGCCAAAGAAUGUUUAUAGUCAGAUUUUGAUUGAUGGCUCUUUAAAGGUCGAAUGCAUUCGACCCUUGAUUUGGUUGAAGAAAGACUCACUCUGGAAUAUAUGUGACCGGACUAUAGUUCAAAGGUUGAAAACAUUCUUGACGAACACCAGGAGAUCUGCGUCCUGCUUAACAAGCUUAGAAAGGCUGUGAACGGAGACCAAAGUGAACCAAAGGAGAAAAGUCGAACAGAGCCACAAGUAAACUCCGCUCAUAUAAGAGCCAUGGACCACUUCCUGAACUUCCGCCCGACCCCCGGCAUCAUGACUAUAGACGAGGAGCACCAUGAGAUCCUCCGUCUCGUCAGUGAGCUGCAGAAGAUGUCUCGCUCGUAUGAUUCAUCUAUGACGUCAGACAGACCCAAAGAGGAUGACAUCUGGAGGCUGCGAUCUGAUCCAGUAGAUGAUGAUGACCCGGGUCCAGGCUACGAGAAGAUAAUGGAGAGACGACGCCCCCAGUAUGACAGUGUGAAAAUUCCUAAAGAUGACCUCUGUCACCACUGCAAUGAAGUCCCUGAAUCAGGUUUGUCUUUGUUUCAAAAGACAUGGUGUGAAGAUCAUCUGUUCUGUUCCUUUUGUAACGAGGAGCUGUCUCUUGAGUUCUUAUUUCUUGAAAUCGACCUGAGGCCAGUCUGUGCGCGAUGCUACAUGGUCGUGGAGAAAGGACGCGGAAAACGAGGAGGGCAGAAGAAAUCCUCAACUUUGGAGAGAAUGAGGUCCCCAGGAUCGUCCGGUGCUGUCAAGAGAUCCAACAGUCUCGUGCGAAGCUUCAGAAAGAGUGCCAAGAAGGUCCAGCUGCCUGACGCGCUACGAAACGCCGGACAGGAAACGGAAGUGGCCAUAGGAGAGGUGGAGAUGGCGGACAGUCCUCUGUCUGAGGACGAGUUUCCGUGGAGAGAGUCGGAAGGUUCACAUUAACGUUCUCAUGAAAUGAUUAAGAACAUGUCACGAAUUUGUAAGGAUAUGAUAUGUCAAAAGGCUUAUAUACGGUGAUUGCCUGGAGACAUUUGACAAGAAUAUAUUUGAUUUCACAUUUCCGACGGAUAAAGUUUUUGAACACCGAAAUUACAUCAUUUACAGUCUUAUCAAGUCAUGUUAUACUCAUGGAUCGCGUUCAAAUAGUUUUAUGAACAUUAACUAUAUUAUCUAAAGCUAACGUAUCUUAGUCAACAUUAGAAAUUACAUGUCAGGCUUUAGGAUUGUGAUAAGACCAGUGAUAAGACUAUAUAUGGCAAAGAGUGAGGGAACUCAUCAGAGCACCUUAGAUGUGUUUGGUUGUAUGAAAAAAUGAAGGUUAUUGAAGGGUUAAAGAUUUAACGAUAUGGAUAUUUUUUAUUGGCUCAAAGGGAUUAUGUUGUUAUAUUUGAUACCAUAGUUGAUUCACUUA